UCUAGGUAUUGCUUUUCUUGUGAGCAUUUCAGACAUAACUUAUGCCUCAAAUAAAUGCUAUCGCGCUAGGAUAUGUAUUCAUGAUUCUAAUGAGAAAUGUGGACGAGAUGCAAAAGGCAAAGUUCGGAGGUUCUUGGACUCCUGUGAUAUGAAAGAAUAUAACUGUUUAAGAAACACUGAUUACGUAAAAACAGACCCCACAAAUUGUCGAAAAUUAGCUUCAAUUGAUAAGAAACGCUUAGGUAAUAAUAAUGAAAACAGUAAGAAUAAAAUUAAUCUUAAUAAAGGCAGUAAUAAUGAUGAUGUUGGAGCAGACGAGACAAGUGAUGUGGAAACAGCCAAUGCAGAAGGUAAAGAUGAGAAGGCAAAUAAAGAGAAUAGAUCAAAUAAAGCUAGUGAAGAAUAUGAGGAUAGUAAGCCGGGCAUUCUUGGUGAAGCAAGCACAUUAGAUGACCUUGAUGGAGCAGAUGAUGAUACAGGUAAUGAUGAUAUAGAAGAAAUAAAAAGUAAAGAGGAUAAAAGCUUAGCAGAUGAAAUGCACAAGAAUGAUAGAGCUACUAAAGAAUAUGACGCUGAACUGGCAAGUAAUGAUGUAGAAAUGGAAGGCGAAAGCAUGGUAAAUGAAAAAGAUGACGAAAAUAAGGAGAAUGAAGAAAGAACCACUACGGUUUACAAAUUAAUCGGUGUUGAUGAAGAUAGCCAAACAGACAGAGCAAGUCAAAUUGAAAAAGAUAAUAGUGUAUACCAAGAAAAUGAAGCAAUCGAAAAAGAAAAUAAAGAAAAAUCACAGAAAUUAUUAGGAGAACAAAUAAGUACAAAUGAGUCAGAUUAA